CGUAGUACUCCACUGUGAGUUCUCAAAGUUGAGCUUGCUCAAGGCAGAAGCUUUCCGCAGGAGAUAAAGAGGCAGCAAAGCAAAGCCGCCGGAAAAUCUAGCAACCGGAAUAAUGGGGUUCACGAUGGGUCUGAACAUGCUCCUCUUGAUGGCUAUGGUAGCCACCAACAUCCUCUCUCUCUACCAUCUCUCCUCCAACAUCCAGUCCCAGUCUUCUGCCCCGCCACUCCCUCCCGUCCCGGACCACCUCCUCCGCCAGCUCCAGACCAUACGCGCCACCAUCAGCCACCUCACCUCCCUCCACCAGCCCAAUCCUCCAUCUUCCGACAAGAAGGCUUCCCCGGCUAUCCCCUCCGAUCUUCUUCUCUACGCCCACAUGUCUCCCAUUGCUUCUGCUUGCAAAGACUACCCAGAUUUGCUCCACCAGUACAUGAAUUACACCCCCUUUCACCUCUGCCCCUCCGAUUCCGCGAUUUCCGAGUCUCUGAUUCUCCGCGGCUGCCACCCUCUUCCUCGCCGCCGCUGCUUCUCCCGGACCACCGCCGCCGCGCCAUCCUCCCUCCCUAGAAAUCCGUUUUCCACUUUGCCGGAAAGUUCUGUCAUUUGGAAGAAUUACAACUGCACGGGCUUCGGUUGCCUGUCCAAGUCAAACCCCCAGUUAGGGUUUGAUAUGAAAAUCGAGCAAUCGAGGUUCUUGUCUUCAAAGUCGGAUCUGGAUCUGUCAAUCUCGCAACUAUUCCAGAUUGCGAAAUCCGCAGGGAGUGUGAUCAGGUUGGGACUGGACGUUGGGGGCGGCACAGGCACCUUCGCGGCCCAAAUGAAGCUUCAGAAUGUUACAGUAGUGACCACCACCAUGAAUCUUGGGGCACCCUACAGUGAGGCAGUGGCACUAAGGGGGUUGGUCCCACUACAUGUGCCAUUGCAGCAGAGGCUGCCUGUGUUUGAUGGAGUGAUGGAUCUAGUGAGGUGUGGGCAUGCCGUGAACAGGUGGAUUCCGGUCACUAUGAUGGAAUUCUUAUUCUAUGAUGUGGAUAGGGUGUUGAGAGGCGGUGGGUACUUUUGGUUGGACCAUUUCUUCAGUAAAAGAUUGGAUCUUGAAAAGGUAUAUCGGCCAUUGAUUUGGAAGUUGGGGUACAAGAAGGUGAAGUGGGCUGUUGGAAACAAGACUGAUUCAAGUGGAGUAAAGAAUCAGGAGGUGUAUUUGACAGCACUUCUGCAAAAGCCUCUCUCUAGAUGAGACUUCACCUGAGUUAAAUCCCACAAGAGCAGGGUCUGGGGAGGGUGUGUGUACGCAGACCUUACCCCUACUCGAAAGUAGAGAGGCUGUUUCCAAAGAGACCCCCGGCUCAACGUCGAAAGUUGCAUUGCUUGACUAACUGCUACUUCAUUAAUUAAAGAAGCGCAGACAGUUUAGAGAUCCAUUUUGAUUUAUUCCAUCACACCCCAAAGCCAAAAAAUGGUGAAAUUUUGGCUCCAUCGGAGAUGAUGUAAAUUUCGGCUUGAGUUUUAAUAGCAUGUAUAAAUGCAAACGAUAAACAUAGGAAAAGAAUACGGAGUAAUUAAUUCGUUUCUGAGUUCCUAAUGAGAACCNCACACACUACCGUUUCAUUUGGUAACACUUCGGCUUGAGUUUUAAUACAACAACAACAACAACCCAGUUAAAUCCCACAAGAGCAGGGUCUGGGGAGGGUGUGUGUACGCAGACCUUACCCCUACUCGAAAGUAGAGAGGCUGUUUCCAAAGAGACCCCCGGCUCAACGUCGAAAGUUGCAUUGCUUGACUAACUGCUACUUCAUUAAUUAAAGAAGCGCAGACAGUUUAGAGAUCCAUUUUGAUUUAUUCCAUCACACCCCAAAGCCAAAAAAUGGUGAAAUUUUGG